AUGGAAAUGAUUACGGAGGUUCUACUCGAACCUUUUCCGUUCAUCAACUCCUGUGUCAAGCCCGAUCAUCCCACUGGCGAAGCUUCACCACGGAUUCUCCCUUCGGAAGUACGAGUCGCUAUCAAGAGCAUGAAACCUGGCACAGCCCCCGGACCUAAUUUUAUAUCAGCAGACUUUCUUCGGGCUGGUGGCCAUAAGAAAGGUGACCGAGAGGACCUUCGGAACUACUGUCCGAUAUGCUUGCUGAGCGUGUUAUACAAAGUAUUUACCAAGAUCAUCCUCACGCACAUAUCUAGGACGCUGGAUGAAGCCCAGCCUCAAGAACAAGCUGGAUUCCGCCAGGGGUUCAGCUGCUUGGACCACAUCCAGACCGUGUCGAGGGUCAUAGAGGUUUGCCGGGAAUACCGCCUGCCCUUCGGCGACUAUGAGAAAACCUUUGACAGCGUCGAAACGAAUGCAAUACUGUCAGCGCUGGUCGAUCAAGGUGUGGAGGCAUCGUAUGUGAGGACAUUAGCCAAUUGCUACGGUCGAUGCAGGACUAGGAUACAGCUUUUCCACCGCCCUCUCACCAUACCCAUUGGAAAAAGGUACGACAAGGCGAUACUAUAUAAGCUGUUCACAGCUGCAUUGCAAUUGAUAAUGAGAUCACUAUCCUGGAAAGAAAGGGCAAACGUGUUGAUGGAAGAUUUCUUUCGAACCUUCGUCUCGCGGACGACAUCGUUCUCUUUUCGGGCAGUACCAAUGAAGCAGAAACGAUGCUCAACGAAUUGA